AUGCUGAAGGAGGAAUUGCAGCAACUUCAAGAGCAAGGUAGCUAUGUCGGAGAAGUGAGCAAGGCGAUGGACAAGAAAAAGGUCCUCGUGAAGGUACACCCUGAAGGAAAAUACGUGGUGGAUGUUGAUAAGGGUAUAGAGGUAGCAACGAUUAAUACUGGCUGUCGUGUUGCUCUCAGAGCUGACAGUUACGCUUUACACAAAAUUCUGCCAAACAAGGUAGAUCCACUCGUUUCUCUUAUGAUGGUUGAAAAAGUGCCGGACUCUACCUAUGAGAUGAUUGGUGGUCUUGAACAAAUUAAGGAAAUCAAAGAGGUUAUCGAGCUACCUGUGAAGCACCCAGAGCUUUUCGAGGCUCUCGGUAUGCGGCGAGGCCAAGGCGGUUUCUUUAUUGUGCGCCAGGAACAGGUAAAACCUUACUCGCAAGAGCGGUGGCUCAUCAUACGGAAUGCACCUUCAUCCGAGUGUCUGGAUCUGAACUCGUGCAGAAGUUCAUCGGAGAAGGAGCAAGGAUGGUCCGCGAGCUAUUCGUGA